UGUGUGCGGUUCUUACCAUCGGUUCCGACCCAAGUUAGCUGACUGAGAAAGACGGACCAGGAGGCGGACAAGGUUUAUCGUUCGACCCCAAACGGGCACCAUGAAUCACAGCAAGGUUGAAGUUGAACCUUUCGCAUACUACUAUGAUUACUCAGACUGGUACUCAGACAACCCGGAGCCAACAGAUCCUCCCAAAGAAGUGGUUUUACCAUGUGACCCAACAGCGGAUGAUAAGAUCUUUCACAUAUGCAUACUUUCUAUAUCUCUGGUGGUCAUGUUGAUCCUGGCAGCUCUAAGCAGGAGGAAUAAACUCUGCCAAGGAUUCACAAGAGCAUCCUCCAGUAUCUUCAGUCCAACCAAUUUCCUGGAUCAGACCCAGAAGAAAGGUGUGACCAUGGCAGUGUUUGGACUGGUGUUCAGCAGGUUGGCCAUGCUGGUGAUCGCAGCCGACCCCCUGCCGUUCUCCAAAGACACUCCAGCUGAAAUCAAAGAGUUCAUGAAGAUAACGGCCAUCUUCUACUAUCCCAUCCUCUACUACCCCCUGAUGGUCUGCAGCACUCUGCAGAACAAAGCAGGUUACGUUUUCGGGACUCUGCUCUCCUUCAGUCAUUUUGGAGUACAAAUGUGGCAGAAGUUUGACUGUCCUAAGACUCCGGAAAUCUAUAAGUUCUACUCUUUGCUCGCCACUUUGCCUCAGCUGGCCUGCCUGGCUUACCUUUGCAUCCAAUUUCCUAUGCUGUUUUUCCGAGGAACACAGACUGAAGAGGAUCCGGACAGCAGCUACUACAGCGACUAUGUGAAGUCUCUGCUCCGGAAGAAGAAGAAGUCUUCAGCGGUCAGUAGCUCCUGCGCAUCUGACAAACCGACACUGAUGGAGAGACUUCUGGAAGUGCCCAAGAGUUAUAUUUACAUUCCAGAAAAAGUGUUCCGAUUCCCGCUAAAGUUGGCCGUUUCAGUGUUUGUGGCUUUUGUGGCGCUGUACCAUACUGCACUGUUGUUAAUUGUGUUGGUAGUCCCAACUCUCCACAUCGUUCGCGCCGGUAUCGACGAGAACAUCGCCUUCCUCUUGUUGGGAUUUGGGAUCAUCCUCUCAGAUGACAGAAUGGAGGUCGUCAAAAUUGUGACUUUCUACACUUGGCUGCUCGAAGUGUGCUACCUGUGUGCAAUGACCCUCUCGUGUGUGGUCAGUCUGGUCAUGCUCAUGAGGUCGAUGGUACUUCACAGAUCCAACCUGAGGGGGCGGUACAAAGGAGAAAUCUACAACCUUUAUAACAGUCAGAAGAGCCUCCGUCCCACCAAGUCCGGUGUGGUGUGUUGGAUGGGCUUCACUGGAUACCAAGCUGCCCUCGUCUGUCUUGGUAUGGCAAUCCAGACUCUGGUGUUUUUCAUCUGCUUCUUGGUCCUGGUUUUUCUUGUCAUCGUGCCCGUCUUUUAUGGACGUAACCUCAUCGUGUUCCAGAUUGCUGGCAAGGCCUGGCCAGCGUGGGUGACAGUGAUCCUGACCACGGUCCUUCAGCACGUCGCUGCCAAGUUUGCCUUCGUCAAAAAAGAGGCGGGCACACGAGACUUAAACAACAGGGAGAGUUUGUUCCUUCUGACAUAUCUGCUGUUCCUGAUCAACACUGUGGUGGGCGUGAUAGUGGGCGUGUGGAGGGUGCUCAUAACCGCGCUCUACAACAUCCUGCACCUCGGCCGUCUGGACAUCAGUCUGCUGCACCACACAGCAGAGUCCUACGACCCAGCGUACCACUACUACACACACUUCCUGAAGGUGGAGGUCAGCCAGUCACACCCGCUGAUGAAAGCUUUCUGUGGGCUGCUGCUGGACAUGAUGGUGGAAGGUGGACGAGUGGCUCAGAAAAUACGAGACGCAGAGGAAGGGAUCCAGGAGAGCCCUCGCAGAAAGUCCACCAGCGGUCGCAGGAUUCGCUCUCGCUGGCAGCUGGUCUACACUUUGGUCAACAACCCCUCCCUGCUGGGCUCCAGGAAGCACUUCCAGACCGUGCAGAGCUCGGAGAGCAUCCUGAACGGGAGCCCCAAACGCAGCAAACAGGCGAGCAGUAAAAGAGAAGCCGGCAAGACGUCCAGCGAGGCCCAGGAUAAAACUGAAUGAGAUCCCAAGGUUGGCAUUGUCAGAUCGAAUCGUCACAUUGAUAUCGCUAUGAAUUAAAGCGCAAGUGAUAAAAUC